AUGUCGAUGGACAAUGAGUAUAGGAUACAACCCCAGAUCAUACUGUUGAAGGAAGGGACGGACACCUCACAGGGGAAGGCGCAGGUUGUGAGCAACAUCAAUGCUUGCACCGCCGUGGCGGACGUGGUUUGCACGACUCUGGGUCCACGUGGAAUGGACAAACUCAUCUACGAUGAUAAGGGGAAUACCACCAUAUCCAAUGAUGGCGCCACCAUCAUGAAGCUGCUUGAUAUUGUCCAUCCUGCCGCCAAGAUUCUCGUUGACAUCGCCAAGUCUCAAGACUCUGAGGUUGGUGAUGGGACAACAACAGUGGUGCUUUUGUAUGGUGAGUUCCUAAAGGAGGCAAAACCUUUUAUUGAAGAUGGAGCCAUCAACAAAAUUAAAGAUCUUGCCGUAAGCAUAGAGGGAAAAAGUCUUGAAGAGAAGAAAUCCUUGUUGGCUAAAUGUGCAGUUACUACACUUUCUUCAAAGUUAAUUGGUGGUGAGAAGGAGUUUUUUGCAAACAUGGUUGUGGAGGCUGUCCUUGCAAUUGGCAAUGAUGAUAGGCUUAAUUUGAUUGGGAUAAAAAAGAAAGCUAUACUAAAAACAGGGCAACCUAUUAAUCCUUCAUGUCUUUUUCUUGCUAUGAAGGGCUUCCCCUCUGAACGUACUACAGCAUGGACUCCAUUAAGGAAAAAUAUUAUGGCAGCAGUGGUUAUUGCCUUCUUGACUUUGCCAAAUGUAGAUGUCAAGCUGCUUCUAAUUUAUUGA